GAACACUUUUACUCAUUAACGAGAAUGGAACAAAAUCACUAUGUUAUAUUGUUAUGAAGGUGCAGUAAACGUAAAUCUUUAUAAAAAUCUGUUUUAUUUACUUUAUUAUGGUGUUUACAAUUGACAUAAUAUUCGCAAAUCAUAAUAGUAUAUAACUCAAAUGAAACGCGUAAACUUAAGGCGUUAAUUGAUUACAAAAUAAGUGAAAUCACGACACAUGACGAAGGUUCUUCGAAACAUUUAUGUGCAAAAUACAAAUGAAAGGAGUAAGAUCUGAAAGGAAUAUGACUGAAACAACUAAUUUUUAAGAUCAGAUUGAAGAUGUUCCUGGAAGUAUAUUUUUGUGUGUGUUUUUUUAAAUAAACCAGGCAUUUGUGAUGAUAUUGGAGCUUAUUGACUAACAAACUUUUUUGAGGAUACAACUCAAUUCUGAGUUAUGUUAGCUGAUGCUAUGGACAAAAGACAUGGUCCCCCAGGCAUCAACUCCCGUUCGCAGACAGCGGCACAAUCGGCUGCAGAGCUGGAGGUGCUCAAAGAGAUUGAGCAUAUAUACUUCUCACCACCGUCCGAAUUUGACGCGGCUCGCUACGCCUUAGAGAACGCGCCAUCCCCACCAGACUGCGACGCAAUUGAGCUGAUGUUUACAAAACUAAAACGGCAGCAACAGGUUGUUUCAGGCAAAGCCCUUCACUUGAUCUCACAACAGCGAGAUAAUUGCGAUAGAGAAUUCGCUGAAAUACAACAUAUUCGCGAACAACUGGGAAAUACAUUAGAAACAUGUCGAAAAGCAAGGGAGAACCUACGAAUAGCUUCAAACCAUCUCACCAUAUCCACCUUUGUCAUACUUGCAAACGCUCGAAAGAAACAGAUCAUAAAAACAGUGUUGAAGUCUCUAGAACUGUUAAGAAAUCUACGUAGUGUUGAGAAGGAUGCUGCAGAGCUUUUGAAUAGAAAUGAAUAUUAUGAGGCAAUAGAACUAAUUUUGAAAAGUAAAAAGGCUGCUGCAAAUCACAAAGAGUACACUUGUAUAGCAGACCUUACAACGAGACUUGAAGACACGUUAGAUAUGACAGAAGAAAAACUUGAUUCAGUGCUGGCGAGAAUUUGUUACAGUUUUGACGAAAAAAUUUUUAAGAAACUCAAGAAAGCAUAUGACCUUCUUGGUAAAACUCAGGCAGCAAUGGAACAGUUGCACAUGCAUUAUUCAUCAGCUGUCAACGAAUCAGCCAUGGAUUCGGUAAAGUUGUUUACAAAUGAAAUACCCAAUGAGAUGAAGUUUCAAGAGAUUUGUCAGGCUGUUCCUACAACAAAAGCCCCAAUGUGCCUUCUGAAGCUAUGUGAAAAUUUAUUCAACAUAUUGCGCAGUUACUAUUUAUUAGUGGACUGGUAUUCAAAGAAUGACGAACCAAUAACCUCUGGUAAUGUUUUUGAUAUAGAAAAGAACGUGAGCAGAGAAUAUAUUAAACAGAAAUUAAAAGCUGGUUUGAUUAGAAUAUGGCAUGAUGUCCAGUCUAAAGUAUCUAUGUUCUUAAAGAGUUCCGGUUUAGAAGAGUAUCCAUUCGAAAAGUUUAUUCAAAUACUUGGAAUAUUGAGGAAAUUAACACAAGUGGCGGAAGUGUUUUGUGGAGAUAAAUCCGAUCUUCUACAAGACUUUAUUAAAACACAAAGUGUUGUAUACAUAAAGAAUUAUCAUAAGGGGCGAAUGGAGGAACUUAAGUUAUUUUUGGAGAAUGAAGGGUGGGAACAGUGUCCAGUUAAGCCCACGUUUACACUUCUGAGCCUACAAGAGUUUGCACUGUUUAAGAAGUAUUUGAGACCACUAAGAGGGGAUGCUGUAGAGAAAAACUCUCAAUCGGACGCAACAUCUUCAAUAAAUUCACAAGACGAUAGUGUCUACAUAUCAAAGUAUUUCACCCACAAAACAUCUAGGACACCAUUUGAAAUGUUUCGUAAUGAGAAUGUCACAAAUGAUGAUAUUUUCGGCUUGGAACCAGAGGCUGAAGAAAGCGAUGAUUCAGAUGAUGAACCUGAAGAAUUAAGAAGAGAUUUCGUUGAAGAAACAGAAAGUAAUGACUUCACAAAUGCAACUAGUGGUCUUAAAGCGAAGGAUUGUGUUAUAGUAACAAAUACGACAUUAUCGGUGCUAAGGAAUUGUGGACAGUAUUUGCAAAUCAGUAGAUACUUACCACAGAUAUCACUCGAAGUUAUAAUGUUAAUGAAUCAAUUGUUCGAUUAUUAUUUUCACGCAGUUCAUUUGUUUUUCACGGCUGAUUUAGAAGUGGGUUCAUCCACUCUGUAUACUAAUAAGCUUAGCGCAGCUCUCAAGAGAAUUUCUAACACCGUAAAUUCUGGCGAUGAUAAAUCAUUCAAUUGUCCAAGUAUUCCUCAACAUCUAGAUAUGGUCAAUGAAGAGAAUUUACACGGCUUGAGCGAAAGAGUUGUUGGUGUGGAGAGCGUUAUAUUUUUGGCGAAGCAAUUUGAGAUUUUGCAGCCGUAUUUAGAGUCAAUAGUCGCACAGCAUCAGAAGAUGAUCUUGGAACAUUACCGCGAUCAUACUCUUGCUGUGGUCAGGGAUCUACGAAUGCCCGUAUACAUGUGCUCGGCUUCUAAAGCUGUAGAUGCAAGAACUGCUUUGACAGCGAUGUCACAAGUAAAAUGGGACGUGAAAGCAGUAGCAGUCGAACAUAGUCCUUAUGUUGAUAUGAUCACAAGAAAAAUCCAAGUGUUUGCUUUGCGCUUGGAGAAUAUCUCAGCACGAGUUACUCUGAAUCUCGACAUCAUAAAUUCAAUAUGGUCAAUGGUGUCUAAAUUUGUCGUCCAUUUGUUGGUUGAAGGUUUCUCGAAUGCGACAAAAUGCUCGAAUGGAGGCAGGGGUUUGAUGCAGCUAGAUUAUAGGCAGUUAUUUGUUAAGUUGGAAAAAAUCUCAGGCUUAAAGCCGGUACCAUAUCAGGAUUACGUUGAUAGGUACGUUAAGGCGUACUAUCUACCUAGGAAUGAGUUAGAGGACUUUAUUAGGGAUAGAACUGAGUAUUCUAAUAAGCAUUUAUCAUCGUUGAUAAGUUGCUCGUGUGAGAAUAAGAAGGAUAGGCAAGCAUUGCUGAGUAUAAUCGAAAGUCGGGAUAUUUCCGCAUAGACAUGUUUUUGCAUGCAUGCAUGAGAUUAUUUUAGCGUAUAUUUUGACAGAUUAAUAAUAAGUAGGUAUAUUGGGGAAUUUUUGGCCCAUAUAAGUUGUUUGCACUCGAUUUCUCUACAGUGGUCUACAAGAAAUUUAAGUCUAUAGACCCAAGACCAUCUCCGAACGACUGAAAAAAUUCGCCUGUCAUGCUUUUAUGUUACAUAUUAGCCGGAAGACCUCCACUGCUGGACAAAAGCCUCCCCCAAAGAUCUACACGACGAUCGGAACUGCACUGCCCUUAUGCAACGUAUUCCGCCGAUCUUGACCAGAUCAUCGACCAACUUCUGGGGGGCCUACCAACAUUGCGUCUUCCGGUACAUAGUCGGCAUUUGAGGACUUUACUGCUCCACCGGCCAUCUGUCCGUCAAACUAUGUGCCCUACCCAAUGCCACUCCAUGAGCUUCCUCAUCAGGCACAUGUUAGCGACCACGUCUGCGUGAGUCAUGAGUCAUAAUUGGCAACACACAUUGGUUGAAAACCUACCUUUAUGUUAGGUAUAACAGCAAUGUAUUACAAUCAAAUCUAACCAGUGGGAGGCUUCUUUUCGCUGUAAUUGUGUUAGAUAGUUACUAAAGCGGUGACUUUUUCUGUCGUCAAACAGUAAUUACCAUUAUUGUUUCAUUUUUAAAGGCGCCGUAGCUAGUUAAAUUACUGGGCUAAUGAGACUUAACACGUUAUGUCUCAGAAAGACGAGCGCAAUUGCGAUGGUCUUCAGAAAUUUGAGUUUUUCAAGAAUCCUCCAUUAGAUAAUUUUUACGUCUUUACAGAGCUUUAAAAAGAACUACUGGAAGAUCGUAGAGGACAUUAUAUUGCUAAGUAUUAUAACAUAAUAGCUUUAAUAAUUAUAAUAUGUAAAUGACAAAUCAUAAUCUCAAAAAAAAAAGACAAACUAUUUUAGUUGUAUAUAAUGAAUUAAAUAUAUAAUAUGACAAUCUUA